AAGAACCAACUUACACAUAAAUCAUAAAUAAAUAAAGAAGUUGAUUUUCUGUGCUAAACGUUACUUACGAUCAAAACCGUCAAAAAUAUAGUUAUAAAAAGACCAACUUACUCUUUCAUUUUAUAUACUUAUUAUUGGUGACUUGAUAAAAGCUUAACACAAAUACUAUUAUUUGCAUCAACUGUCAUUAUUUAUUACGAAGUCUGUCAUUAUUAUGUACUUACGGAGUUGUAACAUAUGUUACUGAAGUAUUAAUAAUUAAAACAAGGACCAAGUGAUAAAAAAAAUCAGUAUGUCCAUAAAGGUACCUGAAGUGAAUAGAUGCUGUUUUUGUUUACCGUUGCGAAAAGGAAUUAUAACGUUUGGAUGUAUUAAUAUCAUUCUCACAUUAUUUGCGGCAGCGUGUCUAGUUGUUACAACCGAACUGCGAAAAUUAACUAUAACCCAUGGUUCCUCAUUCGAGGUGGUGACUUCGACGGUACUCUUCAGUAUACUGGGAAUGGGAGUUAUACUUAACAUGUUGCUCCUUGUAGCAGGUUGUCAGCAAGACAUAUCCAUGUUCAGAUUGUACAACUUUUACGGCGUAGCUACAGUUUUAGCUACGUUGGUGCCAACGUUCAUUUUGUUAUCAAGACUGCAAACUUUGGAGGCUUGUGUUACAUUAGCCGCUAUUGCAAUGCAAUGUUAUGUCAUCGUGUUGGUAAGAAGCGAAAUUGUUAAGAUGGAAGAACAAGCUAAAACUGACUUAGAGAGUGCGAGACACAAUGACAUCGUCGACGUUCCUGAUAGAGAUACAUUGCUAUAAGUUUUAUUUAGGAACAACUAGCAACAUCGUGUCUUUUUUUGAGACUACAAUAGGUAUAUUUGAGUAAAAUUUCAUUACGAUUCGUUGAACUGUUUAAUAGAGAAAAGAUAACCAUUAGACAUGCACAUGAAAUGAAAUGAAGUAGAAAUAUUCGUGCCCAGUAGGGCGAUAAUUGACUGUUGUGAUGAUAAUAAUGCAGUAAGCAAGAAGGAACAUACAUGAAUUGAUGCAAUGCAAUUUACUGCUGCACCAGUAAUGUUAGUCAUUACUAACAUUAGGACUAACUAACUAGGACAUUUCCUACUUUAAUUAGAUAAGCGUAUACAUGUUUAAUAUAUGUAAUAUAUCAUUAAAUUAUUAACACAAUGUAAAUAGUGCAUUAUAAUGU